AUGGCAGACAUAAGAGUGUUUUCUACAAACUGUUCGGUGAAAGAUCAGUUGAUAAACGAAAUAAAAUCAGGAAUAACGAGGAUAGCAAUCUUUAACAAUUCUCUCCUGGAGAUAGUAGACACAGGUAAUAGUAUCAGGAGAAUACUUUUCUUAGUCUUAUUUUUUGUGAGUCAGUUAAACGAUAUUAUGACUUGAUAAAUUUUAUGUCCAUAUCAAAGUUGAAGGUCCAAUCGGUCAUCGGUUGGGAAAAGCUUCGUACAGCAGCCUAGCCAGGAUUUUUUUAGAGGUAGUCACAAUUUUUCACAUUCCGUCUGCCCCUUCCCCACCCCCCCGCCCACCUACCUUUUUUUAGACCUCAGCUCAUGACAUGAUCUUCACGAUGCAUAACUGGGUACCCACGUACGUACCGUGCGCACCGUGUCAUGUAGCCGACGUCCCUGUCGUAUAAGCGUUGUUGUCUUUGAACGAAAGACCCUUACAUCUAAAUUGAUUGAGUGCGUUAAUCUGUAUCAGGAUAAAAAUUCCUAUAGUUACAUUCGUAACAUUCUAUUGUAGUCAAGUCCCUAAAUAUCCUUAUUUUGUUUUAUAUCUAGAGAACUGUACAUGUCCUCCUGUACUCGUUAACCUUAAUCUGACCAAGGACCUAAAAGACCUUAAAGAAAAUAUCACAGUGCGCGGACAGACCAAAAUACCUUUUACUGCGAGUGUAAGCCGCGUUACCUGUAGCUUACCAGAAACAACGAGAUACUGGCACAUAAUUCAGAUUUACGAUCCUCCAGAACCCUAUAAAAUAAAGUUUCUUCAAGUUCAGCUUAACAAGUCUAAAUCCUCUAUUACAGUAUCGCGAAGUCUCGAAAAGGAUGUAUUCUUGUACGUCAGUUACAUUGUUAAAGGUCUUGCACACAAUAAGGUCAUCGGAUAUAACUAUGGUUACUCUAAGGUCAAACGUGAUCCCCCGAUCGCAAGCAUUAUGGGACUGUCAAGCGCUUCUAAAGGAGAGGGGAAUAUCACCCUUAAUGGAUCGUUGUCGUACAACCCAGAACCAGUUGGACAACUCAACUUUACAUGGCUCUGUCGGAGAACUUAUGAAACAUUUUCUACUCCCUCUUAUAAUGUUGAUCUUCCAAACAUGCGCACAAACGUUUCCACCGGUUGCUUUGGUAACGGUCCCGGAAUGCUUAGCGCCACAACAAAUGUCCUUCUUGUUGAUGUCGACAAGAUGGAGGAGGGACAGACUUACGUGUUUGAGCUAAUUAUUACAAGCGGUCGGAAAACAUUUAACGCCAGUCAUCAAUUGACCAUUCACCAGGGAGUAAUUUUUUUUAUUAGGUAAGCUAUAGUCUAGAAAGAAAACUGUUUACGAAACAAGGAAAUGAGGCGAUUAAAUUGAGAUAAACGAGAAAGCAAACGAAAAAGAUGGACUGAACCGCAUGAUUAGAUCUGAUUAAGUCGUGACGAGGGAUAAGAUCAUAUUUAAGUGUUACUUUUUGCGCUAUAUGAAUAAUAAAUUAUUAUUAUUAUUAUUAUUGUCACUGUUGUUGUCGUUAUCGUUAUCGUUAUCGUUAUCGUUGUCGUUGUCGUUGUCGUUAUCGUUAUCGUUGUCGUUGUCGUUGUCGUCAUCGUUGUCGUUGUCAUUAUCGUUGUCGUUAUUGUUAUCGUUAUCGUUAUCGUUAUCGUUAUCCGUUGUCGUUGUCGUUGUCGUUGUCGUUGUCGUUGUCGUUGUCGUUGUCGUUAUCGUUGUCGUUGUCGUUGUCGUUGUCGUUGUUGUUGUCGUUGUCGUUGUCGUUGUCGUUGUCGUUGUCGUUGUCGUUGUCGUUGUCGUUGUCGUUGUCGUUGUCGUUAACGUUGUCGUUGUCGUUGUCGUUGUCGUUGUCGUUGUCGUUGUCGUUGUCGUUGUCGUUAUCGUUGUCGUUAUCGUUAUCGUUGUCGUUGUCGUUGUCGUUGUCGUUGUCGUUGUCGUUAUCGUUGUCGUUGUCGUUGUCGUUGUCGUUGUCGUUGUCGUUGUCGUUGUCGUUAUCGUUAACGUUAUUGUUACCGUUAUCGUCAUCGUCAUCGUCAUUGUCAUUGUCACUGUCACUGUCACUGUCACUGUCACUGUCACUGUCACUGUCACUGUCACUGUCACUGUCAUUGUCAUUGUCAUUGUCAUUGUCAUUGUCAUUGUUAUUGUUAUUGUUAUUUUUAUUGUUCGCGGGCCUCGGAAAGAAAUUUUAUUCUUGAUCACCGAUUUUGAAAUUAGACGUUAUGCUGUUGCACUCAAAACGGGUUGUUUUCAAUGUAAUAUUCUUUAUUUGCAGUUGCAGUUACAACUGUGGCCCCAAAGCAGUUAAUCCCAGAAAACGAACGGUCAUAAAAUCAAACUGUACUGGACGUCUUUGCAAAAACAUAACACGCUACGAAUGGACUUUGUUUCAAUUGGAUUCUGCUGAUGUCAGCGGUUCUUGGAAAGAAGUCUUAGAUUACAAUAAUCCAGAUAUAGAACUGAUUAGUAAACUUGAAUUGAAUACUUCUUACAAGAUAAAAGGUUCAAUUGAAGUGAUGAAAGGCAGGAUCAAGAAAAAAUAUUCAAGUUUUAAUAAGAUAACGUUUCAAACUAUGUCGCCUUUAAUAACUCCCAACGACACAUGCAAAGUAACACCAAAUGAGGGUUUUGCUUUGGAAACGAACUUCACAAUUGACUGUGACGGCUGGCAAGACCAAUAUGCAAACCUAACUUAUACUUUCAGGUACGUUUCCUUAUGAUUUGAACUAGUUAGAAUGAUUUGCAAGGGAAACAAGAGUUACAUUGCUGUGUUAUUAUCUGUUCUAAUAUUUGUUGCUCAUUUUUGCUCUCAUUUUUUGUCGGGGAGGAGGAUUACCAAAGCCAAUGACAAAUAUUUUUCAUGGAUAAUAAUGCUGGUUAAAUCGAUGUCGGAGCUGUUUGAAUUUACUGUUGUUUGAAAUAAAAUUUUGCGAUGAGAUUUCAGUGACGAAAAUGUUUGCUUAUUCUCCUGGAAUUAACGAUCAAUCGAACGCACUAUAAGUUUUUCUAUUGACUUGCCAGCUCUAUGAGUUAAGAUUACAAGGUCUUCAACUUUCUCACUCCUUAGCUGUAAAUUUUUUUCAAUGAUUUCAAUACUAGUUACAAUACUUCUACUGGCUCAGUUAUUUUGGAAAGUGCAACCCCGAUCCAUUACAUAUCAACAAGCAUUCCUGAAGGAAAACGAUCUGAAGGCCACAAUGUUACGUUACUUGUAAUCAUUGAAGAUACGACCGGCGCAAGUCAUAGGGACGAGUUUAUUGUGAAGGUACAUUAUAAUUUUUUUAUUAUGAAUAAUAAUUAAGCUAGAUCGCGCAUGUACUGGGAGACAAGUAUUGGAAAUGCUUCUCUCUUGUAAAGCUCCUAGCUUCGAGAAAAGAUGGAUGAGGCUACUGAGUUUUAGAUUCAGCCAACAUUUUGUAAAACUUGAAAAAUGGGAAACUCACCGUAAUCAAGGCUAAGUUUUGCCAAAUAAUUUAUCAUAAAGAGUUUUUAAUAACAAAGAGGAUGUUUUUUUGUCCUUGUUGUGAUUGAUGUUUUGUACAACAGAAUGAUUGAAAAAACUUUACCCUAGCAGAACAACUACAGUUAUUUAUUUAUUUAUUUAGGAUAUAGAUGACAUUGUCGUUUGUCUACAUUAAAUGGUAGUCUUUACACCAGAGCCUAAAUAAACUAAGAAAUAUUUCAAGACAAGUAGAUUUUAAAUUCUUCAAGUAAAAGAAAGCUUCACACACAACCUAUCUUUUUUACUUCAGGUUUACUUAAGCCUAUUUUCCCACGCAACAUGAUUAAGAUUGAUUGACAUGCUUCGCCUUUCUCAAAGCUUAGAAACCGCAAGUUCGCUAAGUCGGUUUUAAGGAUGGUUUUCAAGUCACUUGAAACUUUCUUGAAUCGUUUCAACUUUCCGACUUUAAUAAGAUGCAAAGUAACGUUACUUGAGAUUUUACUAAGGCCUUCAACCGUAUUUUUUGGUUAAGUAAAUCGUAGCAGCUCUUAAGUCUUACUUAACAGCCUAGUGUAAAGACAACCAGUGUCUUUUGUCCAAAGCAUAUUAUCUUUCAUUUCACUAGAAUUGACCUAAAAGCAACGUACACUUCUUAGAUAGGCUAUGUUCACAGCAUACUGAAUAUCUUAAACAGUAACAGCCCCUUUUAGCACAAAUCGUUCACACACAUCAAACAAAGUGUCGGCGCGGUUAGCCGAAAGGUUUGGUGUACUAAAUUUCCGCCCUCAUUUCUGAAUACAGUAUUUACUUCAGUUUCAGUGGCUUCCAGUCACCGCUCCUUCUUACUUACUUCCGCGACGGGCCAAAUAGGUGUUCACACCGUCCUACUGAGUAUGGCACAAACCGAACAGAUAUGUGUCUCUCAACUUUCGAGAUCUGCACUGCGCCACGCAGCUUCGCUCUUUCACGGAAAUCACGCCGCCACAACCUUUCCUGGGUGUGAGCAGAAGCCCUUUCCGGUAUGAUUUCCGUGGCUGUGCAAAGUAUAUCCUGUAUAGUGCCAACACAGCCUUAGAUUGCGAAGCCCAGAGUCCUGGGGAAUCUUACGAUUCCGCUAAUACCUACCUACCGGUAACAUAAUGUAAACGCUGACGUUAACAUGUGAUUGCCGUCAUGUUUGCCUCGACGUUGCCACGUGUUAACGUUAUAUUUCUGUUUCCGCAUUCAUGAACUUUAGUUUUGUGAUAUAUGUAUGACUGUUGUUGUUGAUAAAGGUGAGGCCGUCUACAAAUACAUCAAAUGUGGCACAUGAAAUUGGUGACUUAGUGAAGAAAGGCGACGUCCGCAGAGCUACUACUACGGCCAUUUCUUAUCUUCUUAGUUCCAAUGACAGUCAGGUAAGAGUUUAAUGAAUCGUUAUAUAAACUGAACAUGUCACUUAAGAUUUUCAUGUCGUCGUUUAAAGUUGUCAUUGCGCAUUGGCUUUGCCUUUCAUGCCUUGUUAUGUAAAUACAUACCCUGCGAGCAGAGGUUUCUUUCUGGCAUGGUUUAUAGCAUUUGCGAAGUUGUCCCCACCACUUGUCAGUCGCGUAGUCCGUUUGUUUACGUAAACAAACCAACUACGCCGCUGAAAACGUUCCAGGUUCCCUGUUAAAAAAAUGUUACAACUUUUUUCGAUUUGAUAUCCCCUAUUUCGAGUCCCAAAUUCUUCACCCUCCCCACUCCCCUCCCAAAAAAAAAAAUAAACUAAUGAUGAAGCCUUUUUUACCACUUUAGAGCAAGAACAGCAUUUUGAGUUCUAUGGCUAAAGUUAAAGUCACAAAGAUCAGCGAGGCAACUCAGCUUACAAGUAUUGCUGUUUUGGCAACGCAACAAAGAGACAAAAUUCCUCUUGAAACCCUGGCAAGUAUUUAACAAUGGCCGAUAUUAUGUCCGAGAGGAAAAAGCGGUCUGAGACUUUAAUAUCCUGCAAAAACAGUUAUUAAGGCAGACGCAUUUCAUUUUUCAGGGGCAACCAACGAGAAUAUAGCUUAAAACCACUUUAACAUAGCAUUGUUAAACGUAUUUCAGUAUUUAAACGAUAGAUAUAGGCAUAUUUUUAUCCCCUAAAAAUUUUUCAUCUGUUCGGAUUUCCUAGGUGAAAGUCUAGUGAUCCGAAAAUUAUAGGGAUCAAAACUUACCUUUUCGAAAGUUCCAGCCAGAAAAAAGGCUCCCGAAAAUUCUAGGUGACCUUUUUAGGGUAAAACUCCGUUAAAAAUAGGCAAUUAUACCAUUUUUUAGAUGUUGGAAAAUCCUAGGAGAGGCAGGCAGGCAAGAAAUUUUACAACAAAUGUUCCGAAAAUUCUAGAUCUCAAAUCGUCUUCCGAACAGAUAUUUUCCGAAAAUUGUCGUUGGGUGCCCCUCAUUUUUAAAAAUACAAUGUACAGUAUUCUGUUGAGUGCACCCCUGUAACUUUAAGGUCUCCCUCUGAAUUUAAAGAGGGUCUGGAUGGGGUUAACUGAACUGACAAAUGGCCAAAACUUUAACUGACAACUGAAAACUAGCCGAAAAUUUGACUGACUACUGACAUAUGCCUUGGAUUUUACUUUCAACUGACAAAGGACCUGAUUGUCCCUUCUUUUCUACAACAUUGCCAGAAAUUUCGAAUCGACAUGCGCAGUGAGAGGCGACACAAAAAAACAAUGCAAUUUUCAUUACAGAGAAAUGACUGAGAAAAGAUCGAAAAUCGAAAAAAAACUGUCCUACAGGCAUUAGAGGUCACUUACUUUGCAUCAGUUUCAUUAGUAUUUUUGUUAAACUAAAUGAAUCUGCAUUUAUACGUACCUUGCAAGUUUUAUCCGUUUCGGUUUUGAGGUAAAGAGAUUUGUAAAUUGACUGUAAAGGAUUUGUAUGGUUGUCGGCGAUAAAACGCCGAAACAGAGCCCAGUUAAAGUGUUCCAGUUCGCGUCCAAGUUCGUUGGGUACAACCACUUUGCAUCGGUUCUGCGAGUUAACUAUGCUUACUUACUUUCAGGUCCAGUGACACUUUGCACUUCCCGAUUGAAAUUUCUUUCGUUUUUUAACUUUGAAAACACAGUAAACUUCAAUAUGGACUCCACGGCGAAAUUUCCUCAUAUUCGCUUUUCUGAAUAUCUCUGCGAAAAAUCGUCCAAAUUUCAAGCAAAACCUCUUAUUCGAGAGAUAAUUUCUCGCCUUUUGAACACAUUUCAGAAUAAUUGACGGUAUUUUCGUUCAGCUGAGUCUUUUUGACCGUGAAUACGGUCAUGUUUGUGUAUCGUGACAUUGAGCCCGUACUAAGCAGGAUCUGACAACGGCUUAGCCCAUAGAAGAAACAUAUUCAUAUAAUUAGCACGAAAAUUUUGGUUCGAAAUUUCUGGCGUGAAACCCGUUUUGUUUUGUUUUGUUCAUGAGACAAUGUGAUCAAAUGUACGUUUUUGGGGGGUAAUCUUAGCAGCAAGACGCUUAAGUGUCAUAUUUCGUUAAUGAUUUUACUGUAAAACCCAUCUGUUGUAAAUGACCUAUGAUCUCAAAUUUACGCUUCUCCGAAUGGCUGCUCAGAAUGAGGGCGUUACAAAAACAAUUGCAAGUUUUUACACUUUUAGCGUGCUUUAAUAUGAUUUCGAUAGAACGUAAAAAAGGACUCAAAGUCAUCAUGUGUUAAGAACAAUUUGUCCGGAGUCGUAAGUCGGGCGUGAGAAAUUGUCCUUGAUGCGUUGCGUGAUAUCGAAGUCUUUGGUCCAGAAGCGUAAGGCUCACGCAUAAUGCGUAUACAAUAUUCUGAUGGUAUAACUUUUGAUUGGCUUAAUGGUCGGCAAUGUUGGACUCUGGCCAGCAAAAACGUUCAAGUGGAUUAGGAGAGUAACACAAGACUUGAGAAAAGGGGGGGGGGGGCACUUGAAAUGCUUACAAUAGCAAAACUGAAAACAAAUUAGGUACUAUUGCAUCAGUUUUCGAAUUUAAAGUUUAAUUAUAAAUAAACAUGCACCGACUAAAACCCUUUCUCAACGUAGGAUUAAACAAUUUUCUAAGCCUUCGAUUGCAAAAGGUAAAAGAACAUCAAUCAAAGGAAAAAAACAGACUGUACCAAAUUGGCAAUCAAGAAAAGUAUAAAUAUUAUCGAGAUAAAAUUUGCAGUAUUAUACGUUUGAGAAAGAAACACUGUUACUGCGCCUUUUUUAAUAAUAAUUUUAAAAAAAAGAAAAAAAAAACAUGGCAAGGCAUAAAUGAGUUAUUAAAUCGCUGCCAAAGGAAGGGUGAAUCUGUUGGUAAAUUAAAAUACCCAGAUAACAACAAUAACUUUACUAAUGAUUCCUCGUGUAUACCAAAUAUCUUAAAUAAACAUUUUUCAAAUGUUGGCAACAUCUUAGCAAGCAAAUUACCACCGGCAGAGCGCCCCUUCACAGAGCACCUUAGAAAGUCCAGCCUUUCGCCAGAACUUUCGUUUUUCUUCAAAACUGUAACUCCACCUGAAAUUCAAUUUCAAAUUUUAUCUUUACCAAACAGCAAAUUGCAUGGCUUAUACUCCUGGCCCCGGUUGUUCAAACGUUCGAUAGCGCUAUCCACCGGAUAAAUCACUAUCCAGCGGAUAAGUAUUACGGAAAUCAAUUACGCUAUCCGCUGGAUAGUGAUUUAUCCGGUGGAUAGCGCUAUCCGACGUUUAAACAACCGUGGCCUGUCCUACUCAACUUCUUAAAUACUCAAGCGAAGUCAUAUCUCCAGUUCUUUCAGACAUUCUCAAUACAUCUGUCUCUCUUGGGGCCUCCCCCCAAAAAACUUAAAAUGUCAAAGCUGACCACGAGACCGACACUUCUAAUUAUAGGCCAAUUUCAUUAUUAUCUAAUGUCAAUAGAAUCUUCGAAAACAUUAUGUACGGCACAAUGAGAGACUUUAUUGAAAAGCACAGCCUAUUAUAUUCGUCUCAAUAUGGUUUUCGUCAAGCUCACUCAACCCAAUGUGCUAUUCUUAAUAUGGUAGAAACUAUACAAACCAAUAUGGAUAAAAAACUCUUUUCACGUGGCGUUUUUAUUGCCUUAAAAAAAGCCUUUGACACCGUGAAUCAAACUAUUUUACUUGAUAAACUAAAUUAUUAUUGCUUCCGUUGGAAUUGUCAAUCAAUGGUUUUCCUCUUAUUUAUCAAAUCGCACACAAACUACUGAAAUUGGCUCUCAUAUAUCUAGUAAAAUAAAUAUCAAUUGCGGCGUACCGCAAGGAUCUGUCCUAGGCCUACUUCUCUUCUUACUUUAUAUAAAUGACAUCCAAUAUUGUUCGAGCAAACUCCAAUUUUUCCUUUUUGCUGACGACACUAACGCUCUUUAUGCUCAUAAAGAUUUAAAGACACUGAAACUAACAGUAAAUUCAGAAGUACACAACUUGUAUAACUGGCUGACUUCAAAUAAGCUUUCCCUGAAUAUUAAAAAGCCAAACUAUGUAAUUUUUCGUCCAUACCAAAAAAAAAAAGUCAACUAUGAUCCCCAGGUUAAUAUUUUUGACAAUGAUAGCAAUAAAAGGGUUACCCUUGAACGCAAAACCUUUAUUAAAUAUCUUGGACUGUUAAUCGAAGACAAUAUAUUUUGGAAGGCCCAUAUUCACUCUAUUGCAAGCAAAAUAAGUAAACAAUUGGGAUAAAUGCGAGAUUAAGAAAUAUCGUUCCCACUUGUACCUCCUAAAUAUUUAUCAGUCACUAAUUACACCUUAUCUAACCUACGGGUCUUUUUAGGCUUGGGGCAACGCGUGUAAAACUUUCCUUGACCAAAUUCUUGCCCUUCAAAAACGCGCACCGCAUUAAUUUUAAUAUAAUUUGCUGAAACAAACGACCACGCAAUACCUAUUUUUGUCAAUGCAAAAAUUCUAACUUUACAGGCUCUAUAUUAUGAAUCCGUUUGUAGUCUUUUGUAUGAUGUAAAUAAAAACACUGCUCGGAAUAAUAUUUUGAAUCUCUUCUCUCGAAUUUCUAGUGUUCAUACUUACAAUACUCGUGCCUCAACCUCUGAACAUUUUUAUACUAAAGAAUCUCAACUCAAUGUCAAACGAAAUGCUUUCUCGCGUGUUGGGGCCAAAAUUUGGAAUGGGAUACCUCAAAUUCUUAAAGAAAGACCGAAAAAAGCUUUUAAAAGAUCACUACAAGCAAUGCUACUCGAUAUCCUUCAAACUGAACACUCCUAUAUUGAUGUUGAUACGACUAUUGUAAAAAUGAAAAAGUAAUUCUCUUGUCCUUUAUUUUCAUUUUAUUUCAUUUUUAAAAUUUUACUCCAAUAUUGUCCCUGUAUUUAAGUAGAAUAGUAUUUAUUGACUGUAAAUUAUAUAUACUUAUAUAACGUCUAAUUUCUUUGUAUUUGUCGAGUUUGUAGUAAAUUAUGUAGCCUGGCAUGCCUCGAAUAGCCUUGCCAGUAUGGUAUUUUGUUAUAUUUCCAAAUUUAAAUAAAGUUGAAUUUCGGGCCAAAAAUGUCGAAAUAAAUUUCAUUUCAUUUCGUAAUUUCUUUUUUUCAUAGGAGAAUACUGCUAGUGUGCUAGACAAUACAAUCAUCUUCCUUCUCAAAAAUGCUGUGAAUAACAGAGAAGAAGUUGAAGACAACAUUGGCAAAACCACAAUAAAAGGAUUGUCUAAUAUUCUUCACGCUUCUUCCAACGUGCCCGAAACCCAGGUAAUUUUUAUGCAAAAUGGGAGCGAGAUUAUGGAACCCUAUUAUGAAACCCUCAAAUAGCUCCACUACUUGAAGUACAGAUCAUACACAAACUCGCAGUUUUUGCAUUCAGUGAGCCAAUAAAAAUGCUUACGGUUAUUUUAUAUAGUGGACCAGCCCGUGCGAGUUAACCCUCAGACGUACAAGAGGUGGGUGGGUGGGGGGGGGGAAUGGAUGCCACCCCUCCAUAAGGUUUUUCUGAGUUUUUUCCCAGAGGAUAAAACAUCAGCACCUGACCCUUUCAGUAGCUGUUCUUUCAUCCCUCGCGCAAAUUUUGAAACAAGUUCAGUAGCUUUCAGUGAUAUUCAGUUGCUAUGGUUACGGGAUAUGAAGUUAUAGGUAGCAGGUGGUCAAGCCAGUUUUGGGUGAAAAUACAUGUUUUUUCAACCUUUUUUCAACAAUAAAAGUAAAUCUUAAGGCUAAAAUCAUGCAGAGUGCUUAUUUAUGUGUUACUUAUCAUGUAAAGCUCCAAACGUAGUAUUUCUCGUGGUUUUAGCCUAAUUUCUAGUUCUUGGUAAAAUCCAGGAUGGCGACCGUUGUUGGUGACGUCACAGGCGUCCAGUAGCCCCACCACCCAUAAAAUAUACCUCAUCUUGUUAAGAGGAUCAAAGGCUUUCUACUAAGGCAAACCAUUUUCAAAUAUUGCAACAGAUCAAAAACUCCGUGGAGGGGUUACCCCCCCGUACCACGGUGGGGGUAUGAAUUUGGGUGUACGUCCGAGGGUCAAAAUGAUGUAGUCGUUGCCUCAAGGGGUAAGUGAAAACUGACAUUAGUCAUCAUUCCAUUACAGGCUAAAAAUGUAACUGAGAGAAUCCUUUUCCUAGUGGAUACACUUGCAACGGCACUUCUAUCCAUAAAAACAUCUGGCCAGAGACAGAGUGUCUAUGACAGCGACUUCAUCAAAAUGAGACUUUGGCGACAAAGGCCAGCAAAUCUUGGAAACAAAACUUUCAGUGGACAUGAGGAAGAGGGAAAUGUGACUUUUCCAUCUGCCGACGUCUUAUUUAGCAGCGACAAAAAUAUUCAGAAACCAGGAACGGUCGAUACCCAGGUGAGUUAGCAUUAUCUGCCCAUAAAUCCGAGACUCCGAGACCGGUCGGCAAAAAAAAAUUAGGGACUCCGACAAGUCGAAAUCCCCCGAAAACGAGAAGUCGAGACUCAUCAAAAACGCUUCCGAGAUCUCGAGAUCAGGCCAAAAUUUUCCGAGACCCAGGUUUUUCGAAGUGACAUUCUAUACCCCUGCCAAGCUUCUUCCGCAAUAAGUGUGGGACUCAUAGUUUUCUGCUAUUCCCAUUGGAAAGUUUGCUAGCAAGCUACCUUUAUUGACCCAAAAUUUUAGGUUACCACCAAAUAUUAUACAAUGAUGUGAAUGCUACGCGCGCUGUGAUUGGUCGUUGCCCAUGAUCUAUUAGAGUACAGAUACAUGGAUGACGUCACGGGAAACUUGUUUUCUUUGUUUAGUUCAACAUGGCACGCGGUUUUGAAAAUGUUUGUGAGAUUAUUUCGGAUUGAGGCAAGUGAAAGCUCCGGAAAAAGUUUAGCAGGAGCUAUUUACAAAGAAGAAAAAUGGAGAAACGGAGACCAAAAAAGCUAUUGACUACUUGACAAUGCCUAAACUACAAGAAAUCUUCACAACAGUUGCCAUCGUGUGUCUUCGCUAAGAGAGACUCGCUGUUUUGCAAAAUGUUUUCGCUAUUAUUCUUCUUUAAGCAAGAAAAGACGGUGAAAAACUUUUCGAAGAAACUGCACACAAGUAAGAUAAAGAAGAAGCUAAGAUAAAAAGUUGGGUUUGGGACUUAAAAAAUGCCUAAACUAGCACAAAUCCUCAAAAGGUCAAGCGGUUCGAGGCAGGUAUGUGUAUCGGUCUUUUUCUUUUCUGAUCAUUGUAUAAAACAAAUAGAUUCCAUGUUGCCGUGGGUAUGUUCAGUAAUAGAUCACAGAGGAAGUCAAAAUGUGGUAAAAACAACAGUGACACACUCGCCUGCGGCUCGUGUGCCACUUCUUUGUUUUUACGACCUUUUGACGUCAUCUGUGAUCUAUUACUGAACAGACGCACGGCAACAUGGAAUCUAUUUGUGAAACUUACUGCAAAUAUGGGUAUCACAACCUUUUUUCCAAAGCAAUUGUAUUAAAUCCAUUCAAAUAAUAUAUAAAGUUAGGCAAGGAUAAAAAAGUAGCUCCUGUUGAUAAAUAGACAUCCACUGAAACCUAAGCCAGCAAAAAUCGGAAACCAGUAACUUGUCAGGAGAGAACUUCGAAAAACAUUUAACCUCGAUGGGUCGACACCGGAGCCCGCAAUACGGUCAUAUGAUACUGGUCAGCUGAUAACUUGUUUUGCCAGUGACAAUUGUCAAUUGACUACGACAAGGAUGUGCAGUAUCAGAUAGCAGGCUCCCACACUAGCCAGAAAGUUUGACAUUUAAUGUUGGUUUCCCUGUGAUGCGGAAGGAAGAGCAGUCGGGCUGAAGUACGCUCACAUGAUUACCAAAAUCUUUCGCAUGGAUAGAUUAGGAGCCCCACUCGCGCACGCUUCGAGUGAUUGCGUCCACAUCCUCGAAAAUUCUUACAGACCGAUUUAAGCUACCCGUAAGAUAAAGUCGUCUGUUUUGGCUGAUGAAUUAUUCAACAUUUUUCUCUUUUUUUCUUUUUUCUUUUCUUUUUCUUUUCUUUUUUCUCUAGAUUGUAACUUUUAAGGACAACCCAUACUUGUGGUCGGAUGCCUCAACAUUAAUCAGAUCGUCGGUUUUGAGCCUGGAUUUAAAGAUGACGAAUGGAUCACACCUUGAGAUCUCGAAUCUUAGUGAGCCUAUAAAACUGUUCAUUCCAAUAAAGGAAUCAAAGGAAACGGAAAGUGCACAAGAUCAUUAUUUUGUUAACUCAAGUGUUAUUCAAUAUCACAAAGUUAAACUUAGAAGUGCCCUCGAAACUGUUUUUGUAAAAAUAAUACCAGACAAUGAUGCUAUUUUAGACGUUUUUGUAAGAGCUGGUGUAAGACCAAAUGCGGAGAACUACACCUUUACAAGACGAAUUCCGGACUCUGAUAACACUUCGUGUCUCGGAACUGGUUUCUUUAACUGUGCAAUCAACCCAUAUAUGUUUAAAUUUUCGAGCAACUUCACAGGAGAUCAUUUCAUAGGCAUCCGUCUGGUGUAUGACAGAACCAAGCCUGUGUUGAAAUCUAUUGCAAAAAGCCACGUCCGACGGAAGCGUUGGUGGAUUAACGUAAAGGAACCUCCCACGAGUCCUAUCUCGACAAUAAAGGUAUUGCCAAAGUACGACAGUAAAACCGACGUUAAUUACUCAAUGUCAGUUAAAAGUAGGACCUGUCUCUACUGGGCUGAGAAUAAGCAGGAUUGGACAAAUGAAGGAUGCAAGGUAGGCCUUUUAGAUUUUCCUCAUCAGUAUCAUUAGCUUGACGUCCAUGAUUACCAUCACAAUCAGUCAUGUCCAAUACUGCUGCACUGCUACGGACCGUUAAGAGAAGUUAACGGACCGUACGUUCUGCACAAACCGUCACUCAGUUACUCACGGUCCGUAUGCUGAGCACAUACGGAGCGUGCAUCUCAUUAUUACAUCAGGGCACAAUGCCUUACGGUUCGUUCGAUCCGUUCGGUCCGAAAACAUACGGAGCGUGCAUCUCAUUAUUACAUCAGGGCACAAUGCCUUACGGUUCGUUCGAUCCGUACAGUCCGUAGUCAUACGGAGCGUGCAUCUCGUUAUUACAUCAAGGCACAAUGCGAUACGGUUCGUUCGAUCCGUACGAUCCGCACUGCAAGAGAGGCGCACUCCAACUGUAAUAUUCCUCGUUCUAUAAACCAUAAACCAACUCAAGCGCAAAAACCAAGAAAGGCGCACUCCAAGCGUAAUAUUCGUCGUUAUAUAAACCAUAAACCAACACAAGCGCAAAAACCAAGAAAGGCGCACUCCAAAUGUAAUAUUCCUCGUUCUAUAAACCAUAAACCAACACAAGCGCAAAAACCAAGAAAGGCACACUCCAAAUGUAACAUUCGUCGUUCUAUAAACCAUAAACCAACACAAGCGCAAAAACCAAGAAAGGCGCACUCCAAGCGUAAUAUUCGUCGUUAUAUAAACCAUAAACCAACACAAGCGCAAAAACCAAGAAAGGCGCACUCCAAAUGUAAUAUUCCUCGUUCUAUAAACCAUAAACCAACACAAGCGCAAAAACCAAGAAAGGCACACUCCAAAUGUAAUAUUCGUCGUUCUAUAAACCAUAAACCAACACAAGCGCAAAAACCAAGAAAGGCGCACUCCAAGCGUAAUAUUCGUCGUUAUUUAAGCAAUAGACCACACUUUCUAUGGGUUUACCGGCGGGAUAACCCACGCGGGAUGUUGGGAGAACACGAGUGUUCUCCCAACAUCCCAAGUGGGUUAUCACGCCGGUAAACCCAUAGAAAGUGUGGUCUAUUGCUUUUAAUAUAUAGAUUUAGCCAGGGCUAAAAGCGAAGCUCUCUUUAAUAUUUAUGGAUUCCUCAAAGAAAAUAUAAAAUCGAUGAAUACUAAAGACAAGUUGAAAGCAACGAAAACGCUAAAAACAACAACAAUAGAUCUAAUUAGCAAAAAAACAACUUUGCACGUGCAGCACACUUUUUUUCUAAUUAGCAAAAAAACAACUCUGCACGUGCAGCAGUUUUUUUUUUUGUACAUUUCCUUACCGUUGUUUUACACGACUAACGUGAAACUUCUUUUAGCUUCCUAUUUACGCGUUUUAUGGAGGAAAUGUUUGUGUUCCUGUUCAUUCUAUUUUUUCACUGCCGCUGCUUUUUCACAUUAUUUGGUGCUAGCAUUCUUCAUUUUCUAACCGCCGCUAUAUAAUUUUCAUGUUUUUCUUCCAGCGGCAUUAGUCUCCGUUGUUAUUUAUUUCACGGUCCUAACAAGUGUGACAUCGACAUCGGCUUACAUGAGGUGUGUGUACGGGUGGGCGGGCGGGCGGGCGGGCGGGCGGGCGGGCGGGCGUACGCUACGUCAUAACCAAAUUUUAUCGGAUGGAUAGUUUACCAAAUUUUCUUAGCCAUGGUGCUCCGCUGGCGCGCUUCGCGCGCGAGAGCUCCGCUAUAAAAUAACUUUUAGUAGAAUGGAGUCUUUUAGGUAAAAAAUAUGGUUUUAGUACCGUGAUCAAGUCAUGUCUUCUCUCUAAAGUCAUCAUAAGCCAAUCAUGACUCACGAUUUUUAAAAUAGCGCUGAACUUUCUCAAAACUCAGUUCAGUCAAACAACAAACGGCAGCACUUCAAAACACGAGUUUUUGCACUCAUUACAUGAUAACUUAUGAAAGCUGUUUUACAGGAAAAGUCAACAUUUAUUCAUGAGAACGUACAAUGAAAGAAUACGUUCAUGGUUUGUUUACUACAGAAGAAGAAAUUAAUUGAACAUCAGACUGUACGCAGCUGUAUUUUGUUGAGUCGAUCCGUAAGAAUUUCGUGCUUACAGACGGAACUGGCAGCUAUUGUAAUGGAGGACUUCAUUCACAUUUUACAAGCCGCAGUGGUUUAAGAUCUGUUUUCUGGACUUUAUCAUGAUUAAGAAAUGCUGCGGUAACGACGUGGCUGCAUUUGCGAAGUUGUCGCAUGUAACUUUAUAUGCACGUACUGCGACCGAUGGAAAUAUGUCAGUGGUGGAGAAACAUUUCUUUGCCGUAGCCACAUAUUGGCGUUAAUAUUUGUCGAUUUGUAAAGUCAGGUGGUUUGAGGUAGGUUAUGGCAUCGAUAUCACCGAAUAAUUUGUGCAAAUGUUGGAGAAAACCAGCCCGAAACUCUGACAUCUUUCAUCAUCGUUGGCAGCUUGUUAACAAACUACAGCGGCCGAUUUUGUACCAUAUCUUGAUCAGAGAUCUCUUUUUUGAACAAUUUCUUUCAUUAAGGAAUUUAAUUUUGACAUAAAAUAAAUCAAGAAUGCUAAAACUAUCCGUUUUGUUGCUGGUUGGCACAUGGCUAAGUUUUCCUUGAGACUUUCUACACCAGAAAUUCACACCGGUUGUUGUCUUUCUCUGCGAUUUGGCAUCGUCGUGAAAUGUAAACUGCUUUCCAGCUUUGUACUUUAUUACCUCUAAAGCUAUGGCAGUAAUAAAAUGUGGAAACCAACGCUCUUGAUAUUAAGAAGGGCUGGGUAAGUCACUUGUUCUGUUUUUUAGCCUUUCUAAAAUCAUUGUUUGCAGAUCAAUAGCCGGUUUUGUUUAUGGCUCGUGGUCCGUAUGCCUUUUUCUAUGGGUUUACCGGUAUAAUAAACCAUAGGUUUUUGACCAAUCAGAUCACGCGUACUAUCUCAGUUAUUUUAUAAAUAAACCAUAAACCAACACAAGCGCAAAAACCAAGAAAGGCACACUCCAAAUGUAAUAUUCCUCGUUCAAUAAACCCUAAACUAACACAAAAGAAAAGUCACUCAUUCCUCGUUCUAUAAACGAUAAUUAUACCAACACAAGCGCAAAACCACACAUUCCUCUAUAAACCAUAAACCAACACAAGCGCAAAAACCAAGAAAGGCACGCUCCAAAUGUAAUUUUCCAUCUUCUGUAAAUCAAAACAACCCAAAAAUCACGGUAUGCACGCUCUAGGUUUCAUGCUUGUGUCUAAAUGUGAUGUUCUUGUAAGUCAAAAACCAAAAGAAGCGCGCUUCAAAUGGAAGAACAAUCGUCCAUAAGUUUAAUAUAUAGAUUUAGCCAGGGCUAAAAGCGAGGCUCCCAUUAAUAAAUUUAUAAUUUAAAUCAAACAAUAAACUUGUAUUCGACAAUUCAGUUAACUUUAGAGCACAUUCGUGUGACUUUUCAGGGAAAGGCCAAGUGAUUUUACAAAAAAUAAUUUGCAAACAGCCCAAGAGUGAACCAAAUCUCACACCGAGUUGAUAGCCUCAUAAGUACACCCAAAAACUGGCAAUCAUCUUCGAUCACAUUUAUUAAGAGCCAUAAUGGCUCUCGAUCACCGUAGAUUAAUUAGGCCUGGAAAAAAAUUCCGGCCGAAUUUCUUGCUCUCGACAAGUUUAUUUUACAAAAUCUUGCCAACAAAUCUGGGUGCGUGUAAACCAACCUUUUAUAUCAUUUAUACAUCACAUCUGAGGUGAAACAGUACUAAGAGGCACUGUUUUUAUCAUACAGACCUCGGACAACAGAAUGCAGUAUUUCACAAUAUUUUGCAAUACAAAUUGCUAUUCAGGACGAUCGAAGCACGCGUCGGCUUUAGCCGUACGUAAACCGUUGAAAAAAUAUUCAAAAUCAUCUAUACGGCCAGCCGGUUCUGUCUUUUGCUGUGCUAGCAGUGGCGAGUGUUUGAAUGAACAUUAACAGAGUUACGCUCCAACAUAAUAAAGAAUUUAUUAUGUUUAUUUUUUAAUUAACGCGCGGCAUUUUGAGUACUCCGGGAAGCGUUGUUUACUGAAUGACUGAAAACAAUCGGCACAACGAUUAAAAUUACAAGAGAGAGUACUAACAAUCAAUAAAAGAAUUAUGAUUCGGUGCAACAUAUACAGAGAUGAUAAUUUUCAUUCAGGAAGACAAGUAUUAAAGUGUCUCCAAAAAUCCUGAGUCUUCGAGCUUAAAGCUGAAGUUUAUGGCUCGUGAUUUACAAGCUUUUCUCGUGUUCUCCCAACAUCCCGCGUGGGUUAUCACGCCGGUAAACCCAUAGAAAGUGUGGUCUAUUGCUCAAUAAAACUGCUCCUCGUUCUAAUAUCACAAACGAAGGCACGCGCGCUUCAAAUGUAACAAUGGCCUCGUUUUAUAUAAGCUGUCAAAUUUUUCGCACUAAGCUUGCGGUACUUUGUAUAACCAUGAUAAACAUGCUCUAAAUCAAUUUAAGUUUCCUCUUUCUAUACGCCAAAAACAAAAGCAAGCGCACUUUAAACGUAACUUUUCUACGGCAAAAUUGUAAGAACAAUCGUCUGCAGUUUAUGAAAUAGGAAUGUUGAUGCGAACCGUAUAUAACCACUCUUGCCAUGAAAAUAUUUUAAUUCCCACUAAUGAGAUGCGAUUUACGGACCGUUAAACACUCUUUACAGACCGUAUACCCCUUUUGUCGAUCCGUUCGAUCCGUACGGAUCGACAAACCGUAUAUAACCACUCUUGCCAUGAAAAUAUCCUAAGUCCCACUAAUGAGAUGCGAUUUACGGACCGUAAAACACUCUUUACAGACCGUAUACCCCUUUUGUCGAUCCGUUCGAUCCGUACGGAUCGACAAACCGUCACUCUUGCCAUGAAAAUAUUUUAAGUCCCACUAAUGAGAUGCGAUUUACGGACCGUAAAACACUCUGUACAGACCGUACACCCCUUUCGUCGAUCCGUUCGAUCCGUACGGAUCGACAAACCGUAUAUGACCACUCUUGCCAUGAAAGAUUCUAAGUCCCACUAAUGAGAUGGGACUUACGAACCGUAAAACACACUUUACCGAACGUAUACCCCUGUUGUCGAUCCGUUCGAUCCGUACGGAUCGACAAACCGUAUACACCCAGUCUUGCCAUGAAAAUAUUUCAAGUCCCACUUAUGAGAUGCGACUUACGAACCGUAAAACACACUUUACAGACCGUAAACCCCUGUUGUCGAUCCGUUCGAUCCGUUCGGAUCGACACAUAGCUUAUACGGACCGUUACGGUGUGGGUGUAUUGGACAACCCUCAUCACAAUUAUCAUUAACACUGUCAUUGCCAUUGACAUCGUCAUGAUUAUGAACGUAUUCGUAAUCAUAAUCAUUAGCUCCAUCAUUAGCAUUAUCAUUAUCAUUGCUAUUAUCAUUAACACUGUCAUUGCCAUUGACAUUGUCAUAAUUAUGAUCGUAUUCGUAAUCAUAAUCAUUAUCUCCAUCAUUAGCAUUAUGAUUAUCAUUGUCAUUAUCAUUAACACUGUCAUUACAAUUGACAUUGUCAUAAUUAUCAUCGUGUUCCUAAUCAUAAUCAUUAUCUCCAUCAUUGGCAUUAUCAUUAUCAUUAACAAUGGUGUUGCCAUUGAUAUUGUAAUAAUCAUCAUCGUAUUCGAAAUCAUAAUCAUUAUCUCCAUCAUUAGCAUUAUCAUUAUCAUUGUCAUUAUCAUUAACAAUGGCAUUGCCAUUGACAUUGUCAUAAUUAUCAUCGUAUUCGUAAUCAUAAUCAUUAUCUCCAUCAUUGGCAUUAUCAUUAUCAUUGUCAUUAUCAUUAACAAUGGCAUUGUUAACUUUUGUUAUCGCUAUUGUCAUCAUCAUCAUCAUCGACAACAUAAUCACCAUUGUCAUCGUCAUUCCCAUUUAUAUUGUCAUUGUCAUUGUCACUACCAUAAUCAUUAUCAUUGUCAAUGUGGUUGUCAUUAACAUCAUCCUACAUGCAAGAUGACACCAUGUUCCUCACAAUUUUGCUGGAUUUGAAGUCCAGGUUCAGAAAAACACAAAUAAGACGUCACUCUCUAUCUUCGAAAAGUUAACAAUAAAAUUAUUCAGACAUGUUACACUAAGACAGUACGAUUUCAAACUAUGCAUGUCAUAUAAAAUAUACCGGUAGAAUGAAGAAUUCCCCACUUUCUAAUUUCGCGCGCUAUCGUUUUAACGGUAUCACGAGGUGCAGACCAAUUGUUUGGACUAAUUUGAAAAGUCCCUAUACUUAAAGGAUCAUUCGCGCGGAUUCUAUUUGUUUUGGGCGUUUGCGCUAUACUAAAAGCUCAGUGAUUCUUAUAAUUUUUGUUGUUUCCUGUUUAAAAGGUUGGAUCGGAUGGAGGCAGUGGUACUCUGCAAUGUUUGUGCAAUCACCUGUCGAUAUUUGGAGGAAAUAUCUUUGUAGCUCCUAACCCUAUCGACUUUAAAACAGUUCGGAAUCGAUUCAUAGAUCCAGAACCCGACGACUUUGUCGUUCUUGUAACUGCGUGCAUUAUAUUUGGCAUUUACUUUAACGGUCUAAUACUUACACGUCGAGCCGACAAUAACGACAAAAGGAAGGUCAGUAUAGCUUGAAGUAUUUCGAAGAACCAGUUCAUUUAAAGCUAUUUUCAUAGUAUAGAGAUUGCUAGAGUGAAACCGCUACACGGUUAAAUAAGGGAGAGUCUGUCGAGUUAAGGUCAUGAGCUGAGCUCAUAUCCCCUUAGCACUUUAAACCGGAGUUUUCAAAAAGCCUGUAAGAUCAUAUUGGCGGAGAAUCAAUAUCUUGUCCCAGUUCAGGUGAUUGCGUCCCAAUAUUUGGACGUUGAUGUUAGGCCGUCAGGCUUUAACGCUCAUCAAAUUUCACUUUUGUUAUUCGUUUGACUGUACUGUGACGCAUGCUACUGGAUUGCUUUGCCACCCACCCACCGUGGGUUGUUAUUAUUGCUCUCAUCGUUUUGACGACUGUCAGUUUUUCUGAACAUGAACAAUGACUUCUGUCCUUCAGACCUCUCUAAAGUUAUGGGCUUCACACGGUUCUUGUUAUUAGAACUGAUCAAUCUUAUAGAACACAGGGAGAACAAGAAAAGAUGAGGAAGUUAAUACUAAGGAAAGGCUAAAGCUGCAUCAGUGGACGAAAACUUAUGAAGUCACAAAUCAAAUUGUUUCCUAGAGAACAGCAGUGAAAAAAGUUUAAGGUUUCCCUUUAUUAGAUAAGAGAGGUAUCCGUAUCAACUUUCUUAUUCGUGACAUAACCAAUGUAUCCUCCAAAGAAUGCUGGCCAUUAUUUUGUUGAGAGAAAAAAAGGAGCGUAUCUUCGAGAGUGUGCUCUUUAAAUGUUUAAUCUUAUAAAAGUUGUUCUUAUAUCAGCUUAACAGUUGCUCUUAUUUAUCAGCUUAACUUUUUAUAAUCUUUGUUUUAGGUCGUUGCAAACGUGUUCAUAACUACAUCCUUAAAUAUGGAUGGGCACAAUACCAAAGGAAAAAGAGAGAGAGAGGAUAACCCAUUUCAGUUACAUUCAACCGCUGAUUCUUCUGACAAAAACGUUUACCACGUAAGCAUCGAAACGGGAAUGUGGAUGAACAGUGGGACAUCUGCAAAUGUUGUACUUAUAAUAAAUGGUGAAGAGGGAAGCAGUGGAGAAAUUUCGUUGACAGAUCCUUUGGCCAGGAGAAAAUUAUUUUCCCGUGGAAGUGUCAAUAAUUUCAUUCUUGCAUUGCCGAAUUCAUUGGGAAACCUUACAGAUAUCCUUAUAUGGCAUGACAACAAGGGAUCCAAUCCGGCAUGGUUUCUUCAAGAAAUUGUCGUAACCAACCAGCAAACAGAGGAAGAGUGGUACUUUUUUGCCAACCGGUGGCUUUCUCUAGACAAAAGAGGUGGCUCUGUUGAACUCUAUCUUGAACCCAGGAAAAAGGACAGACUUGCGCUAUUUAAACCUCUCUGUUACGGAAGAACGGCACGAAACUUAAGCGAAGGACACAUUUGGAUUUCAAUGUUCACACGACCCCCUCAAAACCCGUUCACGCGAUGCCAGCGUUUAUCUUGCUGUCUUUCUCUUCUUUUAACAGCCAUGGCUACCAACGCUAUGUUCUAUAAAAGAGGCGAUUCUAAGACUGAUGACACCUUUAAAUUUGGGCCUCUGGUUAUGAGCUGGACACAAGUCAUAAUUGGAAUUGAAAGCAGUCUGAUAGCUUUGCCACUUAACUUACUCGUGGCCUUAAUGUUCAAGAACAUAAGAUCAAGCGGUGAAUUCUAUGAUACAGUAGAAGGAAGUAAGAAAACAAAGACUCGGGGUUUCCUGCCACCGUUUUUUAUUUACAUCGCCUGGUUGUUUUGUCUUGCCAUUGCUGUGACUGGAGCCACCAUCACAGUGUUCUAUAGCCUCGAUUGGGGGGCAGAUAAGUCCAACCAAUGGUUGACAUCUAUACUGGUGUCCAUUUUUCAGGAUAUCCUUAUCAAUCAACCCGUUAAACUGUUAGCCUUCGCGAUAGUGCUAUCACUUUUGAUCAAAAAGCCACCAGAGCAAACUGUCAUUGGGCCAUCUUUUUUCCAGAGCCCAAAGGUAAACCAAAUCAAGGCUACGUCCACCGAAAACAACAAAACUGAAAAGGAAGUCUGCAGUAAAAGCUGGGACAUGGCUCAGGCUUUUAAAGAAUUUGCGUCGUUUCUGGUCUUAAGUAUCAUCCUCAUGUUUGUUGUUUAUGCAGCUCAAGACCCAUCCCGAUACCAAUUCACCAAUUCAACAAUCAGCCUCCUAGGUGGCUUUGAGAAGGUGAAUUAAGUCGAGUUACCACUGUGUUGAAAAUAUAUAUAUACAGCUAUUUCGAGAAAGGUUGUCGGAAAAAAGUGCACGCGACAAUCCUGAAAGGCAUUAUGGGUGGUUUUAAGUUCACUGUUCUUCAAAGAAAUUUGAAAUAAUUGCCACGAAAGGCCAUGAAAAUGCGUUUGCGAGUGCUAAAGGAAAGCAACAAAAGUAGGUUCGACAGCUAAAGCCGUUAGAAACAGUGUAUCAAUCAUAUCCCAUAUUACCUUUCGGGAUUGUCGCGUGCACAUUUUUCAGACAACCUUUCUCGAAAUAGCUCUAUAUAUAUUUUUAAUAUAGAUGGGAAUUUAGGAAUAACCAGUUAAUAAGGGGCUGGAAAAAUCGUUCCUUAGGACAGUGCUAUGUUUUAUUACAUCGAGAUCCCCAGGGCGAACAUUAGAUCGAUAUUUUUAGCUAAAUAUGCAUUCCCGCGGCAAAUAAUCUUACUAUAUGGUUUGUUAUGUCAAGUGCUCAAUGCUGAAAACAUUUUACAUUCCUGUAACCAACGUAUGUCCCUCUGACGAGUCGAUGACAUAAAUAGACCAUUUUUAAAGGCUCACGCCGGGUCAACCUCCGGAGGGAUAAUCAAAAGUGGCUGUUUUGGUUAAUUUACAAUACCAGGAGCCCAUGACCUCCUGACAAUACUUUUAUCAGCCUGAAAAUAUGAAAUACUGAGCAAAUCAAAUUGGCUUAAAUUUCGACAUCAAAAUGUCAAAUUGUGACGUCACAUUUUCUGUCGUCAUUCAUACGUAAAGUCUCCCAGUUCUAAUAAAGAACUGUUCAUGGAAAAGUGAAAACUUGAAUUUUUUUUGCAGUAAAUCAAAUGUAAACUGAGAUAUGAUAUUUUGAAUUUUGAUAAAUUCGUUCCACGAAAGCGGGGUUGUAAAAUAAGUCUAAAGCCCCAUUCACACUAAGCCUUAACCCUUAACCCUAAGAUCAAAAUCAAAAUUCUCAUUUGUCGCUCCUACUCAUUUAUUUUAGCAGUAGUGGGAUGAAGUUGAUAAAAUAUCAGGCAAAUUCAUCUUGUGUGAUCAUGUCGUUAAUUCUUAUGACCACUCUGUUUUACAAAGCAUUGCCAUUACAAGGAGAAAUUUCAUGCUGAUCACCCUAUGGGUUUAAAGGGUUAAACAUGUUCAAAAGCUGCUAAGUUAAACAGUGUAAAAAAUGUUUUCUUUAAAGAAGCAGAUUGCCGUAAAUGAUUGAUUAAGCGCCGCGGUGCUUAUUUCAUUUCCUUGUCAUAGGUGCAGAGAGAGCGAGCGCUUAUUACAACUUACAGAGGGAAAUAUAGAGAGUUAAGGUGGCUUGUUACAGUUUUCAGGGUCAAUACCUCCGAAGUUUGAGCAUAAACUACGUCGCCGUAAACAAAGUUUUGGAAAACUUGCCACCACAGCUGUAUUAGAUAUAGACGAAAAUUUGUUGUGAUCAGAGUUGCAAAGGCAUCGGAGUUGCCAUAGCAACGAAAUGACGCUAAUACCUAUUUUACUUGUAGCAGUAUAUCUCGGCACUGGGAACGGUUCUUCGAAAAUCAUUCACGGGAGCUUUUUCCUCCAAUAGCAGCCUCGAUGUUCGUGAAGUUUAAGCGAAAUCUGUAAGAGCCUUACCGAGAUAUUUUGGGAUAAAGUUUUUAUUGCUAGAAACACGUUUGGCCGUUAUCUGUAGAAAAUGAAGCGCUUUUGACAUACAUUUUCACCUCGUAGUAGUUUCAAUCUGUUGAAAAGCGUGUGUGAAAGAUCAUGGGAGAUAGCUUCAGCCGAUUGCUUGGAAGAAGGGUUUGAUUAGUAUGUAUCGAAUCGCUCUUGUUAGCGGUUUUGUAAACAUUUUGGUCUUCUUUAACAAAUUAGCGAAUAAUUUUUAAACUGCUCGAUAGAUUUUUUAAAAAUUUAAGAUUCUUGAGAUUAACCUUCCUUUUCUAUGACCUUUUAGUUUCAAGAUUAUUGAUAUAUUGUAUGGCAGUAAAAUAAGGGCUACAAUUCGUUAUUUUUUAUCGGAAGUUUCGUCAUUACAAGUGAAAGCUUCUAAUUAUUCAAAAGGCAUUGUCUCCAAGUUUCAUUUUCACUUGAACAGCAGUAACUAACAAUGCAUUUGAAAUGUGCAAAAAUGCUAGCUAUUUUUGUGCACGGAAAUAUGAAACUUGGACACAAUACACUGAAUAAUAAGAGGCUCACACUUGUAAACACAAAAUUUCUGCCAAAAUAUUAGCGAGAUAUACUGCUGCAAGUAAAAUAGGUAGUAGCGUCAUUUCGUUGCUAUGACAACUCCUAUGCCGUUGCAACCCUGAUCAUAACUAAUUUUCAUCUUCAUUUAAUACAACUUUGGUGGCAAUUUUUCCAAAACUUUGUUUAUGGCGACCUAGUUUAUACUCAAACUUGGGAGGUAUUGGCCCUGAAAAACUGUAUCGAGCCACCUUAAGUGAGGCGUGUACAAGCUAUGCACAAUUUAAUAGCGCACUUCUCGCGCGCGAAGCGCCCGUCAGCGGAGCAUCAUGGGUAAGUAAAUCUACCCAUCCCAGAAAACUUGGUAAUCACGUGACCGUACUCCGGACGCCCGAACGACCGUCCGUCCACACCUCAGGCAUACCAAUGUAAAAUAAGUCAAUCAACAAGUAUGGCAACCCAAAUGCAACUCGGGGUUAUUUUGGCGGGAGAAAUCGCAUAGCCACCCGCGUCACAACUACAGAGUUAAUAAAGACGAAAACGGAAAGCGGAAAUUUUUUAUGUAUCCGUGUUGUCUAAAGUAUUAAGCUUAGAUUAAUUGUCAUGCCUACGAAUUCGGAAAAUAGAGCAAGAGAAAGACAGUAAGGAAAAAAAAAGAGAAAGUAGGCAGCAGGCCAGCGAAGCUCAACGAGAAAAAAGGUGACAGAGAUCUAGAGCGAGAGAUAAAAAAACAAAGGAGACACUAGCUUUUUUUGUUGGAAGAACAACGUGAAAAUUUUGUAGCGGCAGUGACAACAUGAGAAAUGCUAGCGGUCACCAAUGCAUGGUGAAAGUGAGCGGCAGUGAAAAAUAAGUGAUCGAGAACACGUACGACAUUUCCUCUAAAAACCGUGUAACUAAGAAUUUUCUGGAAGUUUCACGUUGUAGUCGUGCAAAACAACCGCAAAGAAAUGUACAUAAAAAUUGUGUUGCACGUGGUUACUUUUUUGCUAAUUAGACCUAUUGUUGUUUUUUCACCGUUCUCGUUGCCUUUGCCGCUUAGCAUUACACGAUUUUUUAUUUUGUUUGAACAAACUUUAAAUAUUACCGAGAGCUUCGCUUUUAGCCUUGGCUAAAUCUAUAUAUUCAGGAGCCCAUAACCCAUAUGGGUUAUGGGCUCCUGAUAUAUCAUAAAAUAUGUACACCUCGAACUGUUUAUUGUUGGUUUUCACAUGCCGUCAAUAAAAUUCAAACUACAAAACUAUCGAUACUACUGAGAUUAUACUUUCAUGGUGUAUUAGAGUCGCUGAAAACUAAUGUUCAUUUUCGCUUUAAAAGGUUUCUUGGUUUUGUGUUAGAGUACGCUUUAAUUUCUAAGCUUUUGCGUGAAGCGGCAUUUACAUGACGGCCCAGAGAGCUGUAAUGUAGGUUAAAAAAGUGACUUAUUUCGGGGAAUUUUGUUAUUUAAACAGUUAAUGUAUAACAAAAGUUUUACUGUUACGCUUAUGAGUUCCUUGAGGGAUAUAUUCACUCGUUUGUAGCAAAACUCAGUGAGAGAUGUUCUGUUAGUUUCCGUCCGCUAUGUUGGUGCCCAUCCAGGUGGGCACCAGCAUGGCGUCUCCAAACGAAUUCCUAUAAAAUUGGGUAAAACAUUUUUUUCAGAAAUCUCUUUUACGAAAUAUUCCUCUGGCCCGAGUCUUGGCUAGGGUCUUUGUAUAUUUACAUUCUUUCAUCUCCCAGAUUCUGGACUUUCUCCAUCGAACGGUUUUGAUUUUUAUUUUGAUCUACUUUGAAUGGCGUGACACUGAAAACCAGCAAUAACCCGGUUUCAAGAGUUUCCAGCUUUAGAACUCAUGAAUUGGUCGAGGUCUUAUUUCUCAAAAGAGAUAGUUUUGAUAUCUCUUUAUUUCAAGCGCCGUAAGAAAGGUGGGGCUUUAUCUGUAAAUACCCAGAUUAGCGCUGCGGCGCUUUUUCGAGAGCGCCGCUUAUUAAAUUAUUUUCGGUAAAGGUGCGGCACUCAUUCGAGAGCGGCGUUUAUUCGAGUAGGGGCGCUUAAUCGAUCAUUUACGGUACUGUACUUUUAUCAAUUGCAAAUUUUGUGCCUGAGCAUAAGGUGUUUACAAAGUGUCUUUGAAUUGUGCGUAAACGCCCGGGCUGUGCCCUAGUAGUUUGUUAAAAUUAUACUGUUUUGUUGUUGUUGUUGUUGUUGUUUUGUGUCAUUUUGUUAAACUUAGUUUAAUUAGUUGGUGUGAAUGGGGCAUCAAUUAAGGUGUUUUGUUGUCUCUUUUGUCGAUGUCUAAAUAAAAAAGAUAAUUUUUAAAAAAGAAAUUUCUAACUGCGCAAAAAACAAGAAAACAGUUUUGUGACCUCAUGAACCGAGUGUUCAGCGACUACUUGUAAUUUUAAGUUACUCUUGACCGGUACUUGUUUAUCAGGUGGAAAGUAAGGACUCUCUGUGGAAUUGGACUGAAAAUGACUUGCUUCCCAGCCUGUACAACACUAACUGGUACAAUGGGCAGCCAUUUGAGUACAAAGAGGGAUUCAUAAGUGACAAGCAAACCUUCAUGUUGGGAAUGCCACGACUCAGACAACUAAGAGUAAAGAAAGGUGAGUUUGGUUUAUAUUUAAAUUUAAAACACACCAACCUCAUUGACGUUAUUUUUCAAAAUAUUUCUCUUUUAUUCUGAUUGGCUCAAAUCCCAUGGCUAAUUUGUCAGAACCAGCUAGUGUAAACCAACUUUGGGAAACUAUCCGGAAAAAUGAUGACAUCGUCAGAAAAAAAAAAAAAGGAACGGUAACCAAGAAUCGUGUAGACGAGGUUGCGUUGUUUGGUACGUUUCCCGGAGAAGAAACAGCCGAGAUUAUGCCUAAAGAUAUAUGAAGAUCAGCAAGAAUACACUCUAUAGAUGACAUCUGCUAUUUAGAGAAUAUCUGCAGCCGAGAUAAACAUUUCUUCAAUUCUGUCGUCCUCUUGCGUAAGCUUACAACGAGAACGCCCACAUCAGCAAUAUGUUUGGAUUAGCAAAACACCAAUUUUGCACAUCGCGUAGAAUGCCCGGUCACAUCCAGGAAUUUAACGGGCUAAAGCCACAUUCGAGCCACGAUUUGGUCUUUAAAAUAUGGCGGAAUAAUAAGACUAAAGCGACUUUGAGAGUUUUUUGUCUCUGAUUGUGAGUUACUCGUACCCAAAUCUCAACGGGUACCACCGGAAUAUUAAUAUCAAAAAACAUCAAAUUCAAGAUCUUACCUUCGAUUAAUGCCGGCUUAUCGGAUUUCACUGGGUUUUUCGCGCUAAAAAACAACCCAAAAAUAGCCAUUUUGUAUGGAUUUUUACUUGCGUAGACUUUCGCCGAAAGAUUACAACCAAAGUUUGCACAAAUCGCGAACGGUACCACCUGAUAUCGUGACAUCUCUCGUCUGCCUUCAAAACCACCACAGUCUUUUAAACCAAAGAAUGUGAUAAAAACUGUUUUUUUUGUUUGUUUGUUUUCCUUUGAAUUUGACCUAAGCCCGUGAGGGGUGGCCAGCGCGAAGAAAAUUUCCAGAAAACGUCUUUGAAAUCCAAAAAAGAUUCCCGCGUUUCGGCCGCAAUCUUUUUUUUUUUUUUUUUUUUUUUUUUUCAAACCUCUUUCCAGAUCUCCUUGACCGUUUUGUUGUUUUUACCUCAUGUAUGCUUCAUUUAGAAGUGUCACGGAUAAAAACAGCAAAAUACUAACCCCUACGCGGACGGGAAAUUUUUUGUUAACCUCAAUGAACCAGGAAUUCUACGCGACGGGCAUCACGCCUUUUUUGUGCAUUUCUUUACCGUCGCUGCACGACAACAAUGUGAAUCUGGCUAAUUUCACAUUUUCUGGGAACGUGAAAACAAAACAACGGGAUUUUGUUACCUUUUUUUAUGUCGCGAAAUUUAUCAAAAUGCAAGAAGACUGAAACGGAUAUUUGAAGUUUUUGAGAACUUGUUAGCCUAACAGCUUUUCAUGGGACAAAUUGGUUUGACAUGAGGCAGUGUUUCUUUGCAUCAAAUGAAAACUUGGAAAAAAUCCGAGCCCCAGAUGGGAGUCGAACCCACGACCCUCCGUGAUCUAAUCAGAUGCUCUAACCACUGAGCUACUGGAGACUUGAUGGUGAGCAAGGGUGCUAGAUUCUAUGACAAAAGGAUUUAAUUGGCCCUAUUAUCAAAAUGACCUGGACAGCCGUGACGGUCACAGCCUCUUUAAGUUCCUUAAUUUCUAGCCCACAAUCUCCGCUUUCAGUAAUUUAACCAAUUUAUCCUAUGCCUUCAUUAAGAUAUAGGAUGUCCUGUAGUUGUGAUGGAUAAAGCUGUUGGAGACCUUUAUGCAGGCUGUCGUCAGUCAUACUCAAGCGAUACCGAAGACCGAGGUUUAACUUAUGGGCCGAAGUGGACCCAGCUGGAAAAUAAUAGCCAUCUUGAAGCUAAAACUGACUUCUUCCCGAAGCCAUGGAAAUACCUAAGUUCUUCAGAGGUCAAAACCACUUCUCACUACGCUGUAGAAGGGAAGUACGGUGGCGGUGGCUUUAUAGCUGACCUAGGCUACAACAUUGUAACUGCUUCAGACGUAGUAAGAGAACUAAAGAAGUACAACUGGGUUGAUGAGCGAACUUCUGUUGUCUUUAUAGAGUUUACCCUGUUUAAUCCAUCGACGUCACUUUUCUCUAUCGUCCGAAACGCAUAUGAAGUUUUGCCAACUGGCCAGGCUGUUACUUCGAUGGACGUGAGGGCAAUUUCACUGUAUCCGGCGUCAAAUCCUCGUUUUCAGUCAUUUUAUGAGGCAUGCCAACUUAUUUUUCUUGUUGUUAUUCUUAUAUUCUUUGUUAUUGAAAUAGUUAAGAUUGUUCGAGAAAGAGGAUAUUUUCGUCAGGUAUGGAAUUGGGUGGAGUUGAUCCCUCUGUUGAUCUCCAUAGCAGCAAUAUGUGUGUCAUUCUUUAAAGAACAAUACACCGCUAGGUAUGUGAAGAGGAUACAGAAAAACCCAUACGAAACAUUCAGCUCUGAUGCUAUCACAAGUUUGCUGGACGUGGAAGCACUGCUGCUAUCACUGGCAAUUUUCCUAUUAACUCUAAAGCUGUUGAGGCUCACUCGGUUUAAUCCCCAUAUCGGCCAAAUGUACGGAGCCCUCAGGACAUCCGCUCGACCAGUUAUGUCGUUUUUGGUGCUGUUUUUCGUUGCUUGUGUUGCGUUUACACAAUUUUUGUAUCUGACAUUUGGAGCCAAUUUGGCCUCGUUUGCUUCGUUUACCAAAUGCUUGCAGGUACUGCUUUACGCGGUGAUUGGCCAAUCCGUCGGUAAUAAAAAGAUGCAUGAGACUUUUCCGGUCCUGGCGUACUUUUACGUGUUUUUAUUUUUUAUUGUUAUGGUCUUCUUUUUGAUCAACAUUUUUGUCGCCAUUUUGGUCUUGCCUUACGUAGAUGUCAGGAAAGAGAAAUGUGGUCCUCAGGUUGCAGAUGCAGAACUUGGACGGCUUAUGUACAAAACCGUCUUACGUAAGAUAAUCAGUUUCCCAGGCAAGCUCUUCCAUGUAGUGAAGCUGUUGCGAAAAAAUACUUCCAAAAUUGUUUCUCGAAAGAAAAAAUCUCCCGGUACCUUUAUUAGCCUUAUGCGCUCCAUGUGGAAGAAGGAAAGCCCAGAUGAAGUUGAGGAAGAGGAAAAUGCCCUAGUGCCUCCACUGGUGUCACCGGAACAUUCUGAUAUUGAAGACAGCGGUGAUGAAGUGGAAUGUGCAUCCCUUGAAGACAUAAAAAGUCAGCUAACUGAAAUAUCAUCUGAGCUGAAUUCCCUGAACUACGCGAUCAUGAACGACAAAGUGGAAAAGCCUUUGGCAACGCGAAGUUAUUCAGCUCAGGCAGGGCAUCUCUAA